UGUGCUUCGUCUUUGGUCUGCAGCACCGUAGAUGUCCUUCCCUUCUUUCACCGCUCAGGUCCAGGAAUCAUCCCUUGGCCGCCGGCUGCACUUCGUUAAUCUUCCAGUGGCUCCUCACAGAUCCUACUGCCGCUCCUAGCCUUCCUUCGGCCUCCAUCGGCGGCGUCGAAGCGGGACAUCUCCCCUUUUUCAUGUCGUGGUCACAUUCCGUCAUCCGCCUGGUUCCCUGCUCCGGCUCACGAUCGUUCAAUUGCUGCGGCUCUCCGACGCUGCCCCGCAGUCGUGCGCAGGUUCUCCCCAAGACCUGCUUUGGUUCCUCCUGCUCUUUCUGCUGUCUCAUCACGACCUGGCUCCAUUACCUGGACGGUCUCCUCCUGUUCGUCUCCGGGAGUACGCUGCCUCCGGACCACUGCGUUCACUUCCGCGUGUCUCGGCUCUCAGCCGGCUCUUCAGUCUCAUCAUACCGUAACCUCUCCCGCCCAUCGAGGGCGUUGCCAGAUCCUGUAAACAUCAAAGCAGAACCAGGAGAGAACGUCAAUCUGCCAUGUGAAGCUGACAGGAACAGCAAAGUCUCAGCUGUAAUCCUGACCAGAAACGACCUGGAACCAGAAUAUGUGUUUCUCUACAGGGAUGAAGAGAUUGAUGUAGAUCUCCAGAACCCUCAGUACUCGGGCCGAACAGAACUGCACAGCCUUUACAUCACUGAUGGAAAGGUCAAUGUGACUAUAAAGAAUGUGACAGAGAAGGACAGUGGAGACUAUGAAUGCAGUGUCAGGGCUGGAAUAGGAAGCAACACACGCAGGAAGAGAGCCGCUUCAGAAAAGACCACCACCAUCAUAAAGCUGAGUGUAGCUGCUGCUCCUCCUCCAGGUGGAGGACACAUUGGACCGGUUCUGAAGGUGGUUGCUGUGGUUGCUGUUCUGGCUCCUCUGGUUGGGUUUGUCUGGAAGAAGAGAAAUGUUUCUCCUCCCCAGGAUGAAACUGUAGAGACUCUUCAGGCCUGACUAGCAGCUGUAAACAUCAGCAGAUAUUGUUAUUAUGCUUUGCCCUGCUUACAUCAGUGUAAUCCAGCCAUUGGACAGACACAAGACCGAACAUUCCUAAUGACGGUCCCAAGCCCGGAAAAUGGGGAGGGUUACUGAGGAAGGGUUGGGUUCCUAUUUCAAUCUGUGGGCUGAAACUUAUUAAUCACAAUAUUUCAACAAAUUACAUCAACUGAUUAACAGACUUAUUACUUUCUGUAAUAUUGACCUGGGUACAUCCCUAAAUAAUACGUUUUAAGAAGCGUCUGAUUUUAAAUCUCUCUUCUGUUAACACAUCUGUUUCUGUGUUUCUCAUUUAUGAUUAUAUUUUAGUCUUCUGGUGUCAGUUUAUUGUGACAUUUAAUAAAAGCAAAAUGAGAAGCUGA